AUGAGGACUGGACUAACCCCACAUGCGGAGUCCGUCAACCUCAUUCAUGUCGGUGUAGUCGUCGUUCAAAGCAUCAGAGCUAGCUCUUGCCAUGGACUGAGAUUGGCGGCAAUGGUGGAGAUCGGCGGCUAUGGCUUUCGGCAAUUGUGGCGCUUGAAUUUUGUCCAAAAUAGAAGCGGAGAUGACGUUGAGGAAGCGAUUGACACAUUUUUGCAACCACUCCGAGUCUUGGAUCAAAUUGAGGAUCAAAUAUCUAAUGGAGACUAUGAAGCUGCUAGGAAACUAUCUGAAAAUCUGCGAGACUUGGCACUACAAGGACUUCAUUAUUUUCAAACUUAUGAUUGGCUGAUGCUCAUGACUGUAAUUAUUCUUGGGUAUAUUGGUUGGAUGACCUAUAUUGUUCUCCAUGUGCUGCAAUCAUACACGUCAUUGGCAGGUGAUAUAUUGAUAAAGAUGCAAGCAGAUCACCAGACAGAUAAUACCAGAAAAGUACAACUUUCUGGAUGCUUGUUUCUGGGACUUCUCAGCAUGAUACUGUUCAUUGAGCAGUCUCCUCCUCUUUACCAUGCAUACACAACAAUGACAGUAUUUUUGUGGACACAAAUAUCUAGUGAAUAUCGGUUCAUUAAAGCAUUAUGGAGACAGUUAUCUGGAAGGAAAAUCAACUAUUUCACAAAAGUUCUAGCCGCUUGUGCUGUCGCAGUAUUCAUACUUGAAUAUCUGGUGAAUAGCUUCACUGAGAGGAAGCUCUACACCUGGUGUUUUCUGACUGUGGGAGCCAUAGCCUUUAUUUAUCUUUUCAAGUCAAUUCCAUGGAGAUCUGGGAUUCCUUUCUUUGUUUGUGGUGCAUGCUGGUUCUUAUCUGUAUUUACUUUGAUGCCAGCAGAAAUUCCGGAUAAUAAUAAUCUUGUAAUAUGGAGUGGGGUUAUGAUUAUUAUGGUUGGAGCAGCUGGUAGGUUUCUGGAUCAGCAUACUGAGGGAAACAAGUUUUGGCUCAGUAUCUGUAAUAGUGACGCAAAGAAACCCAAGUUCCCCAUGCUCUUUCAAUUACAGGCUUUUCUGGUUGGAUUAUCGUCUGUGAUGGUGUCAAUUUCAACAUCUCAUAGAACACAGAACCAAGAACUGCAUGUCUGGCACCAGUUUAUAAAUUGGUCCAUUGCUGGUCCCUCGAUGGUACUUCCAUUAUUUUCAGCAAAUGGUCUCUUGUCCCGGCUUACGUCCAUAUUUCUUGGCUUUGCACCCACAUUCCUUCUAUUAUCUAUCGGAUAUGAAGCUGUCUUCUAUAGUGCUUUUGCUCUCGUACUCAUGGCUUGGAUACUAUUUGAAAACACACUUAUUUACUCUAGUAAGGUGAAAAGGUUGUCAAGUUCCUUUAACAAUAUGGAGGAUAAUUCCCUAGUUGAUGGUAGAUACUUGCAGCUGUCUGAUGUGAGAAUUCCUUUGACAUUUCUGGUCUUGUUUAAUGUUGCCUUCUUCGGAACGGGAAAUUUUGCAAGUAUCGCAAGUUUUGAAAUCUCAUCAGUCUAUCGAUUCAUUACUGUCUUCAGCCCCUUUCUUAUGGCAGCGUUACUGAUCUUCAAGCUAUUCAUUCCAUUUCUGCUUGUCAUAUGUGUAUUCAGUGCAAUAACUAAGCUGAAUCGACUUCCACGAUUGGGAUGCUAUUUCCUCGUUAUAUUGUUUUCAGAUGUUAUGACUAUGCAUUUCUUCUUCCUGGUCCAGAAUACAGGAAGUUGGAUGGAAAUUGGUAACAGCAUCAGCCAUUUUGGAAUAGUGAGUGCUCAAGUUGUCUUUGUUCUGCUGCUUUUCGCGCUCACAAACGUAUACACAAAGGAUAUCCACAUUGGUUCUGUGGAAGGUUCCUCUCGUAAAGCAAUGUAAGGCAAUGUUGGAUUAGGAUAU